AUGACGACUCCAAUUUCACCGGACACUGCGGCACCGUCUCGAUCAGGGAUACGAAGGUUGCAGGAUGGCAAUUCUAUAAUCCCUGCCUCGAUACGCCCGGACGGCUCUGUUCGUAAAGAGAUUCGCGUGAAGGCAGGUUACAGACCACCUGAAGAUGUAGAAGUCUACAAGAAUCGAACCGCACAUGCGUGGAAGAAUAGAGACGCCGGUGUGCCUGGUGCAGAGGAUGCCCACAACGACUCUUCUGCGAGCCAAACCGCCGCGGCGACUGCCUCUGCUGCCAAAAAUGCGAAACGGAGGGAAGCUCGAAAACGAGCAGCUGCAACGUCGACAGAGAAUACGCCUGGCGUACCCGCUGGACUGGAGACCGAAAAAGGAGUGAAGACUUAUGAUCCCAAUGUGGCGUCAUCAUCGGAAGCUCAGCCAAAGGACGACCCCGAAAGUGAGCGACUCAAGGAGGCCCGCAAGCUAGCCAAGAAACUCCGACAAGCGCGAGAUCUCAAAUCUAAAAAGGAUGAAGGUAACAGCUUAUUACCUGAGCAAAUUCAUAAGGUUAUCAAAAUCAACGAGCUUCUUCGCCAAUUGGAUCAACUUGGCUUCGAUGAAAAUGGCGAUGCCAAACCUAGCGAUUGA